AUGAAAAGAAAGGAACGGGAAAGUCAAAGGGUCAAGCGUCAAAUGGCCAUGCUGUCGAAGAGCAAUGAUGCUAGAGCAACCCGAGCAAUCAACCAUGCUUGGACCAAGUCCAAGUCCAGCUAUUGCCCCAAACCAUCUGAGCACGAGGCCGAUGCCCAAAGACUCGAGGAUGAGGAAGGUGUGUGUGUUCAUCCAUCUCAAGGCUACUUGCCGGGAUUGAGACCAGACUCGAAAAUGGAACAAAAAGCAAAAGGCAAGGUGAGUGUGCUCGUCCACCCCAAGGCGACUUUGCCGAGUCCAAAGCAACAAAAGCCCAAAGAAAAAGGAAGAAACCUACCCGUCAACCUCCUCACCUCCUCCUCCCUCUCCACCCUCGCCCUCUCCCUCUCCUCCCACUCCCGCCUGUUCGCCUCCUCCGCCUUCCUCAAAUCCUCGAGCACCUUCCCAAUCCCCUGGUCACACCCCGGAGUCAGAAAGCUAUUGCGAGUAGCAGCGCCCCCCGACGAAGACGACCCGGAGCCGUCCGCCUCAGCUUCCUCCUCUUCCUCAUCGCCCAUGAGCGUCUCAGAGUCAGAAUCCGCCUCGGCGGCCGACGGACCAGUCUGCUCCCCAGCCUCCACCGCCCCUGCUGCAAUCCCAACAGUCACAACAACAGCAGCAGGAGGCCUAGAAACAGAAACGGCCACGGCCUCAAGCACCUGA